AUGUCACUAGCGGUUGUUCUUCUCAAAUAGACGCAGAAGUGACUCCAUAUGCACAACAGUUCUGCUGAGUUUCAUUUCCUUUCUUCUAAAACACUGAAUUAUCUUGGAUUCUGCUUGCAAUACAUUGGUCUACGUUUUGAACCAUGCUUACACACUUCAGUAUGGUAAUGACCAUCAUUGCAGUGGCUGAUGCUUGUGUAAUGUCUUGUGAGUGUGUAGACCACACCACUAUCACUUGUUUAAACAAGAAUCUGUUGGAAUUGCCUCUACCUCUGCAAGAUACCAAAUAUCUUUUUAUUAGUCACAACCGGAUCCAGGCUCUCCCCAGUGAAGGUUUAGAAGAAUUACAUACCCUUGAUCUUACCAACAACCACCUUGGUGAAUGGCUUACUGGUACUACCCGAUUACCAAAUAUGAGAAGCCUUACUCAGCUGUUUCUAAGAGGAAAUGGAAUUAGUACUUUUAUGACUGGACUAUUUCAAGAUCUGAAGAAUCUCACUUACAUGGACCUCAGUCAAAAUCAUUUAAAAAUUAUCCCACAGAAGUUCCUCCAAGGUCUGAGCAACCUUCAAACUCUUAUUUUGAGUGUAAACCAGAUUGAUACCCUCUGUUGUGGAGCUUUUGAAGAAGCAUCUGCACUUAGGGAGCUCCACCUGAACAGUAAUAACAUUGAGGUGCUAGAUACAUGUGUGUUUGAAAACUGUGUCAAUCUGAACAGGCUCUUCCUGUCCAACAACCGUUUAAAAAGUGUGAAUAAAGGGACCUUCCGAAGUGCACUUGACCUGGUUCACCUUGAUCUCAGUAACAACAUGCUUACCACUGUUCCCACUGAUGCCCUUAAUGACACAUCUAAUCUCAUGAGCCUCUACCUGCAGAAAAAUGCUAUCAUGUCAGUUCCUGAAAAUGCUUUCAAUGGGCUAUCAGCAUUAAGAAAACUGUGUCUGAGCAAUAACCGCAUUGGUAUUUUGGCUGUGACCUCUUUCAGAGGUCUUUGCCAGCUUGGCGAACUAGAUUUGAGUUUCAAUCAGUUGCAAAAUCUCCCCUCACAGGUAUUUCACGCUCUAGGCACACUAGAAAUCCUUAAUCUAUAUCACAACAAUUUGGCAUUUCUUCCAAAUGGCCUGUUUAAUGAUUUGAAAAAGUUAAAAGAACUACAGCUUGACAGAAAUAAUAUUCAGGUCAUCCCACCAGUUCUAUUUCAGCCACUCUCAAAACUCAGGUUUUUACAGCUAGACAAUAACUGUAUCUCAGAGCUCAACCUAUCCUCAUUUGCAACAAUGAGAAAGCUUAAAGACCUUGAUCUUAGCAACAAUAAUUUGACAAAAAUUUCAAAGGGGAUUUUACACAAGCCACCACUGCCACUUCACGAUGUCCAAGACCAAGCCUCACAAGGGGGUCCUGAACUAAGCAAACUUAACCUGAGCAAUAACAAAAUUCAGGUGAUAGACAAGCAUGUGUUUGAAAACUACACCAAUUUGAACAAACUCUGCUUGUCCAACAACCAUUUGAAAAAUUUAGAGGAAGGGACCUUCAGGGGUACACUGGACCUGACUCAUCUUGAUCUCAGUGAAAACCGGCUUACCUGUGUGCCCACUGGUGCCCUUAAGGAUACCCCUAAUCUCACAAGUCUAUUUUUGCAGAAUAAUGAGAUCACGUUUGUCCCUGAAAAUGCUUUCUCAGGACUAUCUGCACUGAAGAAAUUAGACUUGAGCAAUAAUUACAUUGUACAUUUAAAUGAGAAAUCCCUGAAGUCUCUGUUCAAUCUUGUGGAGUUAGAUCUGAGCUUCAAUCAACUACUAACUCUUAACAGUGUGCUUCAAGACUUGGAGAAACUGAAGAUUCUGAAAUUGCACCAAAAUUACCUAUCAUCACUUCCCAAUGGUGUGUUCAACAAUUUGACUGAAUUAACUGAACUACGGCUUGAUAGCAACAAUCUUUUUGACAUCGUACCAGAUCUGUUCCAUCCACCAACUGAACUCCGAGAUUUAGACAAGGAUCGUCAUAAUAUAUCUGGGUUUAACUCAUCCUCAUGCACAACACUGACAAACAACCUCCUCACAAAAAAUUACAAGGAUCUUUUCAAUGUUACACCAACAACCAAUGAUAAUGUGAAAUAUCUAGCCUCACUAACAGAUGCUGAACUUAGGGAGCUCUUAGUCAGUAAUGCUGAGAGGACAGAUAUGAACUGCACAAACGCAAUUAAGCGCUUCCUGUUCAACAACCACUUGAAAAGUACAGAGAAAGGAACUUUCAAGCACACACUCAGAUUGACUGAUCUUGAUCUCAGCAAAAACAACCUCACUACUGUCCCCAGUGGUGCCCUCAGGUAUACUACCAAUCUCACCAGCCUCUACUUGCAUAAUAAUGCGAUCACCUUUGUCCCUGAAAAUGCUUUCUUUGGACUAUCUAAAUUGAGAAAAUUGGAUUUAAGCAAAAAUCACCUGGGUAUUUUGCACGAGGACUCCCUGAUGAGUCUUUUACAGCUUACUGAACUAGAUUUAAGCUUCAACCAAUUGCAGGAUCUCCCCUCAAAUGUGUUCCAAGACUUGGGCAACCUGGAGGUUCUUAACUUGUACCACAAUGCUCUGGCAUCACUUCCCAGUGGCUUGUUCAACAAUCUGACCAAAUUAAGAAAAAUAGUGCUUGAAAGAAAUAAUAUAUCUGUCUUUGUACCAGAUCUAUUCCACCCAUUGACUGAACUCCGAGAAUUACAUCUAGAUAACAAUCACAUCUUUGAGCUCAACCCAUCUUUAUUUAGAGCACUGACAAAGCUUCAGCAAAUCUAUUUAAACAACAAUGUUAUUAAGAGAAUUCCCAAGCGUUUUCUAAAGAAAGCACAACAUCUGAAAGUUCUAUAUAUGAUGAACAAUCAUAUUCAAUUUGUUUCACAGUUUGCUUUCAAAGGCCUUAACAGACUCCGUUCUCUGAGACUCAGCAACAACAGAAUUUCUGUUCUCCCUCCUGAGAUGCUGUCUGGUCUUGAUGACCUGCGGGAGCUCGGGCUAAAUUUUAACCAGAUAGAGAGACUCCCAACUGGGUUUUUCGCAGGGCUUCAAAACUUGAGGACACUUGAUUUGGCCAACAAUAUUUUAAGUUCCCUGUCCACUGAUGAUUUCAAAGACUUGACAAGUUUACGAGAGUUACACCUGAGUUUCAACAAACUCCGUGAACUACCACAUAACGUUUUCAUGGCUCUGGGCAGGCUAAAGACGCUCUUCUUGCAAAACAACCUCCUGUCCCACCUACCCCCAACAGUGUUCUCACCUUUGACCUUUUUGCAAGAGCUUGAUUUGGAUAACAACAAGCUCCAGAGUCUUUCCACUGCACAAUUUCAGGGACUGAAGAACUUGAGACAACUACAUCUCAAAUCGAACAGAUUACAGUCACUGGAUAAAGAGACCUUGGAUGUUCUGACAGAGCUGAACUCCAUAUAUCUCGGUGAUAACCAAUGGGACUGCUCUUGUGCAUCUAAUAUGUAUGUCAGUACAUGGAUCAGAAUGAACAGACAGUUUGUAAAGGAUAACCCCAUCUGCUCAAGAAAUAUUUCUCUUCCUGUAUCAGAUUUACAACAUUGUGUCAGUGCUGCACAUUUCUCUGCAUGUAAACUGCACACGCAGAUAAUAAGCAUUAUGACAGUUUUCAUCGUGUACGCUUAUUUUCUGUGAGAUCACAGUUUUUGUACAAAUUUAUUUUGUUUCAAUCUGCUGUAGUACAAAAGAUGUAUCAGCCUCAGUGUGCAAAUAUAAAGCUGUAAAACAGAAUUUAAAAAAUUUGACUAUGAUAUGACUAUAAUUACCAAAGUUUUAAUAACGUUUUAGCCUCAAACAUGCAAUGCAGCAUCUUGUAUAACCUUAAAAAAUCUAGCUGCUUUGUGUUUUGCAUAUAAUGUGCAUUAAAUGAUAUACAAAUAAAAUGCUUCCAAAAUUCAAAAAGUUUUUAUGUGCUUGUCUUUUCAAAUACUACGGUGUAAAAGUCAGAGGACUUGACUUUGUUUGCCCCUAAAUUCAGGUCAUAAGCAUAC